AUGAUAGAGUCGCAGCACGGAGACGAACUACUAUGCAAACUCAAUGCUUUCGAUCUCGAAUGGCGCCUUAACCAUGAAGAAGCAAAGAAGGGACGUGGCGAGGCCAAGAAGCAGGAGACGGAGAGAAAACGGGCAGAGCGAGUAGCACAGAAGAAAGCUGAGCAGGAAGCUGCUCGUGCACUACGGGGAAAGGCCCCAAGGCAGCCCCGACCUUCACGCAGCAAGCAUAUCAUUGCAGAGAGCAAGAACAUACCUCCUCCACUGUCUUCGCCCGACUUGCAUGCACCUUCAUGCCCAACAUUGUUUCAGCUGACACCUUUACACACUUUGCGUACAUUCGGAGCCUCAUCCGGUUCAUUCACCUUCCCAAACGGCACCGGCAUGUCAAUUCCACAGCAAUGGGCUGGCUCCAUGCAUGGGUUCUAUCAGUAUCCGCUCAGUACAACGACACCAACUGCGCAAUCGACUUCUAUGGUGCAUGGAAACUUUUCGGUUCCUUUGACGGCAGCAUCAUUCUAUAACUACACUACCCCUCCUCGUCAUUUGCCCUAG